AUGUUUUCAUUACGCAAGACGAGAUUCACCUUCGUUGAAGUAUGGCAGCGUUACGAGCUGAACUCGUUGCUAAAGAAGUCUUCGAUCUGUAUAGAAAAUACGGCGAUCAAGACUACAUCGGUGAACAAGUAUCUCAAAAAGAACAUAUGACUCAGUGCGCCAUGCUUGCUGAAAAGGAAGGGUAUUCUGACGAGGUUGUCUUAGGGGUUUUCCUUCAUGACAUUGGUCAUCUGAUCGGCUUCCACAAAGCUCUGCCUUGCAUGGGAGAUGUUGGAACUGAAGCUCACGAAAUCAUCGGAGAACAGUUUCUGAAUGAUCUUGGAUUCCCAGACAGUGUGACAAGUUUUGUGCGAGGUCAUGUUGACGCCAAAAGAUAUCUUGUCUACAAAUACCCACAUUAUCACGAAGAGCUCUCCGAAGCAAGUAAACUCACACUAAUCUAUCAAGGAGGACCAAUGAAAGCAGACGAAGCCGAGAAGUUUGAGGAGCUGAAACAUUUUGAGGCCUUAAUCAAGAUGAGAAAAUGGGACGAUCUUGGAAAAGUGAAAGGCGCACCAAUUGACUCACUUGAUAAAUAUGAGAGCAUGUGUAAAAAGUUCUUGGAAACACUUUGUUUUAAAUAACGGGAGAUUAUUUAUUGCUUACUUUAGAAAAGAGGCUGACCAUUUUCCGUAAAUGUUAUCUUACGUUAUCUUUUUAUACGUGACAACAAAAUAGAUAAAAUAAGGACUAAUUGUUUCUUCGGUUUUUUCAUGACAACGAUUCUAAUAAGUUUUUCGCUCGUUUGUUAUUGUUUUGUCAUUUAAGAAUUCUACGUCUUUGGCCAUUUUAUCAUAUAAGGGGCAAAAUUACUGAAUUGUGAUUGGUCAAGACAGAGGGCAUUUUUUCUUAAUUUUUGUA